CCCUCCACAGUUCACACACGAUAACUCCGUUCUCUGUUGCUGCGUGUACAAAUAGACCUCUCCUUCAACCUAUUUUCCUUCUCCUUCAAAUUCCUCGACCUUCUCUGGUUGUUAUGUUUUAGAUCUUUCAGUCUUACCGACCAUGAUCAACAACGUUCCUAGAUCUUUGACCGACUCUUCUCUUAACCUUUUCAAGCUAGCUGUGUCUGGCUCUGAUCCUUGGCCUUUCUCCAUCUAUUUCUUCUUGUAGUAAAGGAUUCAAUCGAAGAGCUCACACAGUAAAGAAAGAAGAGGGUUUUGGUUUUUUGUUUCUUUCUUUCUCGUUUUUCACAGUAUUCUUGAUUGAUUCAGAGAUGGGUAGCGGAGAUAAAGCCCUCUUAAAUUUUCCUCUGCAUUUACCGCUUCAUCACGGGAAGAAGGAUCCUAAGGCAAUCCCGAAGGGAUGCCUUGCGAUCAUGGUGGGUCAAGGCGAGGAGCAGCAGAGGUUCGUCAUCCCUGUUAUGUACAUCAAUCAUCCUCUGUUUAUGCAGUUGCUUAAGGAAGCAGAGGACGAGUAUGGGUUCGAUCAGAAGGGCACCAUAACUAUUCCCUGUCAGGUGGAGGAAUUUCGGCAUGUACAAGGUAUCAUUGAUAAGGAGAAGUCCUUCCACCAUCACCAUCACCCUCCCCACAACCAUAAUCAUCACCAUCAUAUUCCUCUUGCUGGGUGUUUCAGGGCUUGAAGGUGUUGUCCAUCCAUCCAUCCAUUCAUUCAUUAAUGAGGUUUAUCUUUUAUC